AUGACUGUGUCACCGAUGGUCACUGAAGAGAUGACUGACGAUUUGCGGGAGAUGUUCGCUCGUACCCGCAAGAGUCCGAUAUCACUUUUCUUGGAAAUGUACAUGCAGGUGUUCAAGACGACACCUGACGUUAUGGUAGAGACCAUCCAUGGCGAAGAAAAGGGGACGUUCUCUGUGAGAAGUUCUCGCUGGAUAUUGCGAAAUCCGCUGAAGGAUCUCGAAUUCAAGCAGGAGACUACGUUCUCCGAACUUCUUCGCAAGCAUACCUAUGCGAAAUUUUACGGGUAG